UUCCGUCAGGUAACAGUCGAUAUUACAUACCUGAUUUGCACGGGGCAGUGACUUAUGAAAAGUUCGGACGAGUGCCGCCCGAAAAAUCAUUGAAAAUGAUCUGAUCGUGUAAUUUAACGAAAAAACAGAUAUAUAUCUAAACAUAACGUUAAACAAAUCAGAUUUAAGUUCGGAUAUUAAUGACAAAAAACAUUACCUGAACUGAACUGGCGACCGUUGAUAAAGCCGGCCUAACAGAGCCAAAAUGUUGAUUUUUUAUUUGAUAACUUUGGGAUGCUGGAGAAUAGCAUCAAGUCAAGCUGAUCAUAAACUGACUGGUUACUACAAUGAUAUUCUGCAGGAUGUUAUAAAAAACCAACCUACCUACAUGAUUAUUGCUUCUAGAGUUGUUCGACCUGGCCAAGUGUAUCGAGUGAUGGCAACUGUUUAUCAAAGUAGUAAGCCCAUUAUUGUAAAAGCUUCAAUCCAAAGGGAUGGUGUAGAACUUGCAUCUGCUUUUGAAAAAUGCAAAGAUGGUAUAAGUGAAACACUCUUAUUACAGAUACCAACAACAACUGUUCCUGGUAUUUAUAAACUUCGAAUAGAAGGAAACAGCAAUAGUUUUCUUGGUGGUGCACUAUUUGUAAAUGAAUCAUAUUUACAAUUUCAUCAAAGAUUUAUGACUAUUUUCAUUCAAACAGAUCGUCCAAUUUAUAAGCAGGGUCAAACAGUUCAAUUUAGGGCUAUUCCUAUUACAACUAAUCUGAAAGCAUUUCCUGAAGCUGUAGAUGUUUAUAUGUUAGAUCCAAGAAGAAAUAUUGUGCGUAGGUGGCUAUCAAGGCAGACCAAUUAUGGUGCAGUAAUAUUAACUUAUGCUUUAUCAGAACAGCCUGUUUAUGGCAAUUGGACAAUUCAAGUCAUUGCUCAGGGUCAAAUUGAAGAAUGCAAUUUUCUUGUGGAAGAAUAUUAUCAAACACAAUAUGAAGUUAAUGUUACAACACCAGCAUUUUUAGUAGAUACUGAAAGCUAUCUUACUGGUUCAGUUAUGGCUAACUAUACAAGUGGAGUACCUGUAACUGGAAAUUUAACUAUAGUAGCUACAGUACAGCCUAUUCAACCUCAUUAUCGUCUUGCUGAAAAAUCAUAUCCAGCUGUAACACAAACAUUUACCUAUUUUGAUGGUUACAUGGAUUUUCGAUUUUCAAUGAUGGAAUUUGAAAAAUAUGUACCAAAAUUAGAUAAGUCAAAAAUAACUGUGACAGCAUAUGUUGGAGAAAGAUUUCUUAACAUGAUUGAAACUGGAUUUUCUCAAACACUUAUAUUUAGUUCCUACAUAAAAUUAAAAUUUCUGGGAUCUACUCCUCAAAUUUUUAAACCAUUGAUGCCUUUUAAAGCUUACCUUGCUGUAUCAAAUCAUGAUGGAACACCUUUAUCAAAAUGGCAGUUGACUGAUUAUAAAUUAGAAAUUAGUCCUACUGUUGAAAUGCGUGAUGGUGUAAGAAGGAAGUUAAGACUUUUAGAUCAAAUUACCAAAGUUCAGGAAGGAAUAUGGGAAGUAACUGUAUCUCUAGAAUCUUUGAUAAGAAAUAAAAGAGAAUUGUAUGAUGUUCAAUCACUGACUCUUCAAGCAAUAUUUUUUGAUGAUCGAGAAUCAGCAGAAACAGAAUUAAAAGUAUAUUCAACAUAUUCUGAGUCAAAUAAUCAACUACAAAUAACAACUAGCACAAAAGCAGCAAAGGUUGGACAAUAUAUCAUUUUUCAUGUGAGAUCUGAUUAUUAUGUGGAAAAAAUAUAUUAUGUGAUUUUAUCCAAGGGAGUAAUAUUAUUAACUGGUCAGAAGAGUAUGACUUACACUAUAAUGACAUUUGCAGUUGCAUUAUCACCAGAAAUGGCACCAACAGCCACAAUUUUAGUUUAUAGUAUUGUCAGAGAUGGUGAAGUUGUAGCUGAUAGUUUAACAUUUCCUGUGAAUGGAAUAUCAAGAAAUAAUUUUACAGUAACAUUGAAUAAUAAAAAGGAUAAAACAGGAGAGACAAUAGAAGUUGUAAUAAGAGGUAGACCUGGAUCAUAUGUUGGAUUGGCUGCAGUUGACAAAACUCUUUAUGAUAUGCAAACUGGAAAUGAAUUAAAUUAUGUGAAUGUUUUGGAAAAAAUGAAUAGUUUUGAUGUUGAUAUAAAUGGUACUCAUAGUUUUACAUGGUAUUCUCAAGAAGGAAAACCAACUGAAAUAGCCUAUUUCCCAUCUUCAACUUAUGGAAUUGAUACAAAUAGGACUUUUGAGUAUGCUGAAUUGUUAGUGUUUACAGAUGCUAUAAUAACAAGAAAACCAGAUAACUGCAAUGCUACAUUGGGAUAUGCUUCUUGUUUAGAUGGCACUUGUUACAGAUUUGAACAAAGAUGUGAUGGUCGUAAAGAUUGCAAAGAUGGUUUAGAUGAGAAUUCAUGUACACAAGAAACUGAUUUGAAGUUUUCAAAUUUUCGCAUGUAUCGUCUGAAUCAUAUCCAAAGACACUAUGAUAAUUCAUGGUUAUGGGAAAACAUUAACAUAGGACCACUUGGACACUAUAUAUUCAAUAUUCCUGUCCCUCAACUUCCUGUUCAAUGGAUAAUUACUGCAUUUGGAGUAAAUAAUAAUGAAGGGUUUGGUAUCUUAAAAAAACCAAUUGAGUUUUACAGCAUAAAGCCUUUCUAUAUGACAGUAGAAAUGCCAAAUCAAAGUAGACAAGGAGAACAAAUUGGAAUAAGAAUAAGUAUAUUUAAUUACCUGAUGGUAGAGAUUGAGGUUUUAGUAAUUCUUGAGAAUUCUUUAGAUUAUAAAUUUGUCCAUGUCGGACCAUUUGGUUAUGUGUCAUCAUAUAGUCCAAGAACAUCAUUUGGAGAACAUCAACAUUUAAUAUUUAUUAAACCUGGAAAGACUGCCAUUGUUUAUAUGCCAAUUGUUCCUACAAAACUUGGUGAUAUCAAUGUUACCAUUACUGCUAAAACUCAAGUUGCUAGAGAUUCUAUAACUAGGAAACUACAUGUAGAAGCUGAUGGUAUAACACAGUAUCGGCAUACUUCACUAUUAUUAGAUUUGUCACAGGGUGCAUAUUUACUGAAAUAUUUAGAUACUAAUAUUACAGAGACACCAAUUGUUCCAUAUCAGGCAGAUAGAUUAUAUAUAUUUGGUUCAAAUCAAGCUUCAAUAUCUGUUGUUGGCGAUGUAGUAGGUCCAUUAUUCCAUACUAUGCCUGUUAACGCCAGUGUACUCUUAAGAAAACCAUCAUGGUGUGGAGAGCAAACCAUGUUCAAUUUUGCUGCUAAUCUAUUAAUGUUAAAAUAUCUUCGAUUAACUGGACAAAAGCAACCAGAAAUUGAAAAAGAAGCAUUCUACUAUUUAAAUAGAGGUUAUCAACAGCAGCUAAGUUAUCAAUUAAGUAAUGGUGCAUUUACUGCUUUUCGUGAAAAUAAGGAGCCAAGUGUGUGGCUGACAGCUUUCUGCAUUAAAAUGUUUCAAAAAGCAACCUAUCAAGAAUGGGAAAAUUUCUUAUAUAUUGAUCCAAGUGUUAUAUCUCGUGCUGCAGAAUGGAUUUUAAAUUACCAGACAAAGGAAGGUUCUUUUUAUGAAGUAUCAUUAUAUCCACUAGAUAGAAAAAUGAACUUAAGUUCUGAAUUUCCUUACGAUAGAGUUAAAUUUCGAAAUAUUUCACUUACUGCACAUGUUGUAAUUGCUCUUGUGGAAGUGAAACAUAUUCAAGAUGAUGUCAGAGUGAAAAUAGCAAGUGCACUUCUAAGAGCUGUGCGCUACUUGGAAACUAAUCUAAACAUAGUUAAACAAUUUGAUGAUCCUUAUGAAUUAGCUAUUGUAAGUUAUGCUUUAACUAUAGCUAAUAGUGCAGAUGGACAAGAAGCAUUUAAUCUACUUAACAGUAAAAGUAGAGAAAUGAAUGGAAUGGUGUAUUGGGGAAAAGAAAAGGUUCCUCCUAUAGAAACAGUAAUUGAAAACAAUAAACCAUAUAUAAUACCAAGACUUCCAAAUACUUAUGAUGCAUCCAAUGUGGAAACUACUGCUUAUGCUUUACUUACAUACAUUCUUCAUCAGGGAGUUCUUCAACCAAAAAUAGUAGAAUGGCUCAAUAGUCAAAGACUGACAGAAGGUGGAUGGGCUUCAACUCAAGAUACCAUAAUGGCUCUUGAAGCAUUAAGUGAGUAUGCUAUUAAUUCACGUAUUAGAGAUGUGAUGGAUGUAUCUGUGACAGUAGAAGUUCCUUCAACACCUGGAUUUACCAAAACAUUGCAUAUUAACAAGAAUAAUUUAAUCAAAUUACAGAAAUUUCAGAUACAAAAUGCAUGGGGUCCAGUGAUUGUUAAAGCUCAAGGUUCUGGUAUAGCCUGUGUACAACUUUCAUCUCAGUAUAAUGUUGAUUGGCAACAUUUACAAACACCGCCACCAGUUAAAGCAUUUGCUCUUAAUAUACGACCAUACUCACAUGGUCGCAAUAAUUCUCAUAUUACAUUCCAUUCAUGUCAGAAAUGGAUUAACAAUGAAAGUUAUAUAAGUGGAAUGACUGUACUAGAAGUUCAAGUACCUACUGGAUAUAUUAUUCAACAGCAGACUUUGGAUAAAUAUGUCAAAUCCCACAGAGUAAGAAACUUAAAGGAAGCUCGAUUCAUGGAAACUAAAGUUGCCUUUUAUUUUAAUUAUCUGGAUUCAAAUCCCAUAUGUCUUUCAUUUACUGUACAACGCUGGUAUCCAGUGGCCAAUAUGACUCGUUUUAUAUCAGCUAAAGUUUAUGACUAUUAUGCUCCAGGUAAAUAAUUAUAAACUCUAAAU